AACAGGUUUGCUUCUUCAGUGCAGUAAGAAGCGACAACAAGAGACUGCACUGGCUUUGAGGAGCUGGAGAAGGUCCCUUAUAUCUGCUGAAGCGUAUGCGACCAGGAAUCGGGGUCUUCCCAGAGUGGGUGUGAGCACGUCCAUGUAAUGGGGCCUCGCACGUGAGUCGCAGCAAAGUUGAUCCAAGCAUGGAGGGCAACAAGAGAGGAGAGACUUUUCGCCCGGUGUCCGCCCGAGCUGGGAGCAGGAACAAUUCACGACAAGGCCCAAAACAAACCUCAGAGACAGCUCCUAUAGUUGGUAGGAGAAUCACCAAUCCGACGGUGAGCUGGAACUUGGGCGCCCUAACCGCCCGGGUAACCCAGCCGGUCAGCGAGUCGGCUGGAGAGCAGCAAGCGGUGUCGGACCAGAGGAGAGAGUCUGCAGGCCUUUUGGGGGCUGAACGAACAGAAGAGGUCCCCUUGGAAUUAGGGGCGGAGCGAAUCUCUGCGCUGGUGGAGGGCAACCGAGAGGCCUUGUAUCAGCAGAGGCUGCUCGAGCUGAGGCAGAAGGCGCUGGACAUCAUGAACGGAAACAGGGCCUCAGAGUUGCCACCUAGUACAGCCCAAAGGAGUGAGCCAGAACUGGGGAACGGACAGCACAUUGUGGCACCACCUGAAGCGAAUGGGAUGCGCAUUCCGCGCGCAGAGGCUGUGCUGACAACUGCAAAAGUACAGGAGACGGCGGGUAAGAAGCCGGUCCAGAAGUCACCCCCCCAGAAGAAGCAAAUAAAGGCGAAUGUCCGGCCGCUCAGCUCGCUACUGAAGGAGAGCCAGGACCGGCUCGCAAACAUUCACCGGCUCUUAGACGCGGCCACGGAGGAGUCUCUCUUUGCGCCGCAACGGCCGCAAACGGAGUCUGCAGAGAAGUGGGAUGCGGGAGAAGAAGCGGCUCAAAGCAGGGGGCCUGGAACUCCAGCAGGUGGUUCCAUCCCCUUUGUAAUCCAACCUGCCGGCCCGCCUCCUGACUAUGUGAGCCCUGAGCUCGUGCACAUUAUCCAAGCAAACGCCCCAGAUCAUCUGGACCUAGUUGACCCAACUACCACCCGGAAGGCGAAGCGAGACUCAAAUGGCACGUAUGAAAACGGGGCCCACAGAACGGCUCCAAAAUCGCAGCAGUUUGCCCAGGCUCGUCAAGCGAACAGUCCCGUCAGAGUUGGCGCGGUAUUGUCAAAUGAUGGAAAGCGGAGGAGAGCAGUAGAUGCGGCCGGGGAUCAGGAACUACGGUUUGUAAGUGGACGGUCCGAACGGGCAGCGAAAGUCGAGGCCCUGCUCGUGAAGAUCCAGGAGCGCAACUCGAAGAUUGCAGUGCAGAAGGCUGCGACCGAGGAAGGACGCGCUGCAAAUCAGGGCCUUUUGAGGCAAUAUGGGGGAUCCCUUCAGAACGCGGGUGCGGAUCAGAACCGAGUGGGUAACCGCUCACCGGACAGAGGGCCGGGGGGCUAUGGUGACAUAAGAGGUGACGAGGGGAUGAGCGGUGGGCGGGCGAGCGUGGUGGGGCGCUCGAGGAGCGCGCCGCAUCAGCGGCCGGUCAGUCGCGGGGCGACACCUCGGAAAGGAAGGAGAAGCUCGGACGAUUCUGAGCUGGGCGGUCGGAUAGCUACGGACGGCGCCGCUGCUGUGGCGGACGAGAGGGCAGCGGGUCAGAAGCAAACAAAACCAAGGGUCUCUACGGAGGAAGCAUCGGGUUUGCCAGGAGAAAGGAAAGCGGCAUGGGCGGAGAAAGCAAGCGGCAAGCUAAAACCAAAGCGGAAGUUUGCGGGGACCCGGGCUAGACCAGCCGGUGUAAAUAUCCCCGACAUCCUCAACCUCCAGGGGCCUGGAACCGUUUCUGGGGGCGUGGAAGUUGGCGAAAAGGCGUCCGGAGCUGUGCUCAGCACAGGGGUCAGUACGUCUGUUAGACUGACCGAGUUCGGACAGUCCGUAACCAGCCCAACGCUGUCCGGAUGGUCGCAGGACGAGGUGGGGGUCGAGCAUACGUGGCUGUACAGUGCGAACAGCCACGGGCUUGCUGUGAAUAAGGGGGAUGCUCACGGCAUCGCGGAACAAGGCCUUGUCGGAGCAGAGGCGGGGCCGGCAGGAAGGAGUGUUUUUAAUAACGCUGGGCCAAAACAGGGCCUGGCGAGUCUGGCGCAAGCUGCAACUGAAGGCCCUGUUCUUGCUGGGGUCGGCGAGCGGCCUGCAUUUUACCCUGGGGAGUUAAGGAGAGGCGGGGUAGAACAGGGCCUUGAGGAAGGAGGCCAGCUGGCAAGCCCGCUCGUGCAAACGUUCGCUCUCGGAAGGGGCCUACCGACACAGGUUCCGAACGAGUUGGACAAUUCGAAUUGGGGGGGUGCAGAAAGUGCGAAAACCGCCCCUCUGGUUGGUGUGCUGGUGAACGGGGGGAUCCCCUCUGUUCUCGGUCCGGCGAAUGCGGGGACAACCGUCGGCAUCGCACUCGCCGGUAUCCAGGAGAAAGCCCGAGAACAGGUCCGGUCGGCGCUCGCGAAACGGCCGCAAAGCGCGCCGAGUGUGAAACGGCCCAGUCAAAAUUCCAAACCCCAGUCCGUGCCCCAGCCGCACCCCAUCUUCGGGGCUCGUUCUCACCCCUUCCUUCGAGCGCCCCCCUCCAAGGGCCCGUUCACACCCCCUUCGCAGCUCAGUGUGAACAGGCCCCCGGGCGAGCGAAGGAAGAGCACCGGGGGGGCUGAUUUGGCGGGAGCAAAGCGACCCCUAUCUGCGCAGAGCCGGUUGGGAGGGGAGGAGGCGCAAGAGUUGGGAACGCGAAAGAGUCGGCUGAGUGGAGAACGUUUGGACGAGGUGCGUGCCUUCAUGAUUGCCCAGCAAAAGGCUCGCAAAACGCAGGAAGCGAGGGAACGCGAGAUGCGGCGUGCGGCCGAGGAGGAGCGGUCGAAACAGCUCAAGGCCCUCGAGCAACACUAUCCGAAAGUCUCUCCAAAGCCCUCCCCGCCUAAGACCCGCCCCGACUGGAACACCUCCGUCACGCCCCCCGAGCACACCCCUCCUCCACAGCAAAACGACCACCCCGAGACGGACAGCGUGCUAGCUGAGCAAGGGACCGUUCUUGGAGAAGACCCGGAAAACAUCGCUACCAGAAUUUCCGCAAAGACCUCUGUUCCACGCCCCGGAAUCGCGCCCCACAAUUCGGUCCUCAACGCAGCCAGCAAGCCGGGGUUGAGCAUUCUUCCAGGUUCUGCGCCGGGUUUCGCUGCGGGGUUCACGGGGGUUUCGACAGUGGUUAGGCGAGCAGGGACGAGGGUUCAGCCGUUGCCUAGCAAGACGGCUUUGAAAGUAUCAACCGCAGAAUCAGUGGAGGCGACUCUCAAGUCGUGGGUAGGGGGCCACGCGGUAAAGCGGCCGCCGAGCGAAGCCACUAAACCCCUCAUAAGCCCUGCGAGGAGCCCGGUAACCCGAGCCAAACCUCCGGCAAACCCUUCUGGGGUCCAGGCUGUGAGAAGCCCUGUCCGAGACUCUCGACCCGUCCGAAACGCUGACCGCGUUCCAAAUUCUGAGACUGUCCGGAAACCUCAGCUCGUUCGAACGUCCGAGACCGUCCAAAGCCCCGAAAACGUACGAUUUCUCGAGUCCUCACAACACCUCGAACCCGUCCGAAAGUUGGCUGAUCUCAGUGGGGCUCCUGUACACCUUCUGAGUUUUGCCACUUUGGCCAACCUAGAGACGCCGAUGACGUCAGCUUGGUCCGAGGGACUGGCGCUGAUAUCAGCAGGGGUCGGGGAGGGAGCGGAGCUGGCGGGUGACGACAUUGUGGAGCCUGAGAAGUCUGUUGGGGGCAUCGGACUGGGCGCAAAUAUUGGGACGCCUGAGAGACUUGCCCCAAGAGCAGAGUCGCUGGGCGCAGUUCCUGAAACCGUGCUGCAAACAGGCUGGUUAGAUCCAGGGUUUGCGGCUAACCCAUCAGCAAGCGCAGAAGAGAUUGGGGACCGAAGAAGGCCAUCUUUGACCGUAGACAUCACGGGCGCGGUUGCGGACGCGGUCGGGGUGGCUCUGUCCGGAAGGGCGACCAUGUCGGGGCGGAAGAGAGGGGAGGCAGUCGAGGAGGAGCGGCCGCGGUCGCCGAUUCCGGACGCGAAGGCGCGGCUGGCGAUGAUGAAAGAGUACGGACGUCAGCAGCGGCAAAGGCGGGCUGCCCUUGACGCGGUUCGACGGAAAAAGGAGCACGAGCGCAAGUUGGCCGCCCAAGCGCUGCGGCGCAAGCAGGCCGAGCGUGCGCGCCAGGCAGAAGCUGCACGGAAGCCCCGAAGCAGCGGAACGCGGCCGGAAUCCGGCGUCCGGAGGAGCUCGAGGCCGUCCGUUAGCAGCUUCAUCGCGGCCAAACGGAAGAAGGAAGCGUCCGAACGAAGCGUGCGGUCGUCCGAACGAGCGCUUAAGGCGUCCGAAGGAGCGCCCAUAGCGUCGGACUCAGCUCAUGUAAUGUCCGACGAUUUCGUGAUGGAAGGCGGCGGUGGCACGCACACAGCAAUCAAUUGGACUGGCUAUGGGAUGGAGCGGAUGAGUGUGAAAAGCCCGCCCCUGCGAGGGCAGCGUCCGGCAAACUGGCCGGACGGUCGCCGGAGCGUCCGAACCCAAGCGCCGGUCCCAGCACAUCCGGAAGUGUCCGAAGAAGGGCCGUUCAGCGACGGGAACCGGGGCGGGACGCGCCACGUCAUCACCGAAGGGAUCCCAGUCCACGCUGACGUCAGCGAAGCCAAUCCGGCGGCGCCACAGGGCCGGCCGGGGACGGCGCCGAGCCGGAUUGCGGGCACGUUCGUUCGGACGCUUGGGGCCGUCCGGACGGAGCGGUCCGAACGGCAGGGAGAGUUGCUGAGCCCAUGGAGCGUGCCGAGCAUCGAGGAGAGCCUGCUGUUCGAUGGGACCUAUGAGGAGGUGCCACGUGGCAGGAGCGGGAGGGCGCUCAGCGCUACCAAGAUGCUGCAGUCGGACGGGCCCGUGGUGAUGACGUGGCAGCGUCCGGAGCCGCGGCAGGGCGGAUGGGUCGGGGGGUCGGAGUCCGAGAUUGCAGAAUCGGACGUCCGAACGGGGGUGGAAAAGUUUCUGGCGGCGAAGCCACGGGUCAAGCGAAACGGAAAGCCGGUUAGGGGCCUGGUUAAGAAGGUUAGCGUGCCAAAAGAGGCGAGCUUUGCGUCCGACUUCGAUGCGGACACGGAGAGCCUGACCCCGGACUCGGUCGUUGAUGCUGCGUCCGAACCGGACCGGUUAAGGCGGCGGUUAGCGCGCAAACGGCGGGGCGCAAAAUGGCCCCACGGGGAGGGUUGGGAGCGCGAGGUUUUGGCAAAGGCAGAAACUGACCGGCGGUUGGAUGUGCUGAAGGAAAUGGCGGCUCGGAUCGCGAAGCGGCUGGAGGCGCUCGCGUUUUCCGGGGGGGAGGGUUCGCGGGCGGAACUAGCCCCCGAGAUCGAGGCGAUUGUUGGCCAGGCGGAGAAGCUGCUGAGGGGGGUCGAUUCUAGGGGGAGGAAUGGGGAUGACGACCCCCCCGGCAAGGCGAAGAGGCCAAAGAAGAAGCGGAAGGGGCACAAGCGGGGGGUUUCGGAGUCGAGAGCUUUGGGAGGUCUAGGCAGCCCGCUUGCAAGCAAGCGGCUGAGUGCGAGUCCGGAAAAGACGGGUGCUCGUUCCAGGCGGAAAUCAAUUGAGGCAGCCGCCGAGAAGGGGCCGCGAACGGGUGCCAGAUCCAGAGACGCGGCGCCAGCAGUUGCUGACGUCACGGUGACGUCACUGGCGGCGGCUUCGGAGCGGGCGUUCUCCGACGACGCCUCCCUCUUCAGUCCGGUGGGCGGGUCAGAGAAUGCGCUCUCGGUGGGUGUGAACAGCGACAGGGCACUCAGGCAUAGCCCCAACGUGCAGACUGCCAGAGGCUUUUCACACCCGUUCCCUGAAAUUGCUCGAACUCAAGAGGCAAUGGUCACCGAGCAAGCUUCGGAGCAGGAGGGGUCAGAGAGCUCCGCUGCUGACGACUACGUGACGUCAGACGGUGAUGAGGGUGAUGACGUCAUCGCGGACCUCGACGCCGAAAUCCAACAACUGCUCCAGCAGCGGAGGCUGGCUCCAGCGGCGCGCGUUGGUACUGAUUCUGAAUCGCCGACUGGGGCGGCCGAGCCUGCGGUGUUUAGAAACGGUGCCGGUAAGCCGUCAGCAGAGCAACGGUGGGCUUCGCUGGUUGGGACCGGAGAAAGAAGCGCGUCGGAAGGCUCGGAAGAGGAAAUGGAAGAGGAGAGCUCGGAAGGGGAAGAGGGCGGCAGAGUGGCGCCGCUCGCUGAUGUCAGCAAAGGCCCACGUGGGCUCGUACAGCCGACUGACGUCAGCAGGGGCGCCCAGGGGCUCCUUUCGGACCUGUACUCGGACUCUGAGGAAGAUGAUAAGUCGGAUACAGGGCCGUCAAAAUCGGCUGACGGGCUGACGUCACACACUCGCGGCGCUAGCGUCGGACAGAUUCGUGUGUCGAAGAAGCCCGCUGGACAGGUGCCGGACGCUGACGUCUCUCGAGGGUCCGCUGACGUGAGCACGGAGCAGAAAAAGGUUACGGUGAAGCAGCUGCUCGAGGCGUCCGGGGACGCAUUGCUGGAGGAGGCCGUUCCGGUUAAGAUUCCGCCCCUCACUGAGCGGAUUCCGGCGGAAACAAAGGGGGACCGGCUGAGCAUUGUGCAUCUAUACGAGAAGCAGCUGAGGGAGCGGAUGGAGAGGCAGCAGCGGCAGUUGGCGGAACUGGAACGGAAACGGAAGGAAGAUGAGCGGAAGCGGAAGGAAGAUGAGCGGAAGGAGAGGGAGGACGCAGAACGGAAUGAGAGAGCGGAACGGGAGGAGAGGGCGGAACGAGACGAGAAAGCGAAAGUUGCAGAGGAUGAGUGGGAAAUGCCAGAGAGAGAGAAGGAGAGCAUCGAGGCAGCAACAGAGCGGAAGGAGGAAACACGAAGGGAAGAGGAGCGGAAACAGAGUGAACAGGAACGAAACGAGAAAAUGCGGAAGAAGGACCAAGAACGGAGACUUGAGGAGGCGCAAAAGAUCGAGGAGGAGGAACGGAAUGAGGUAGAGCGGAGGCGGAAGUCGGCGGAAGAACUCAGGGAGUCAGUCAGGCAGCCGGCCGUUGAAGCUCCUACGGACGAAGUCGCCAGCAAGGCGCUUCAACACUUGGUUUCGUCAACGGGGGUUUCGAACGCCGUUGCGGACGCCCCCCCGAAAAGUGUCCCGCCGUCCGAGAGCCGUCCGGAAGGAAUCAGCGCCAAGUUGGUCGAACCUACUGCAAAAACGGUCAAGGCAAGCUCCCAAGGGCCAGGAAGAGGGUUACCGGUGCCGAUUAAAGUCACCCGGACGGCUUCACCAAUCCAAGCGCGUGGUGAGAAGAAGACUAUGCGGCAGAAAGAGACAGCCGUUGCUUCUGCUGACGAGGGACACGUGGCGAAACUGGAUUUGCCAGAGUUUUUCCCGGGCGCGAAAGGAGUUCUUGACACCGGGCGAAAGGAGCUGCUGCCGAGGGCGACCCACGUGGUGGCGGCUGAGAGACGGAUGUCGCCUGAGAUGCUCGAGCAGAUGCUGCAAACCGAGGUUGCCCGGUUGGAAGAAACCGGGGCCAUCGAGCACGAGAUCGCCAGCCUGGAGCACGCCCGGGGGAUUGCGCUCGCGCACCAGGAGACCGUUUCCGUUGCGCGCCUCCUCGAGGAGGAGCGGAACGCCCAGGAGCGGAACGAGAGAGCGGAUCGGAUGUACCGCGAACAGCAGGAGAAGCUGAAGGAAACGGUGGAACGGCUGACGAGGGAGGUGGCUGCGGACGUCCGGAAGGAGAGCCUGGAGCAGAUUCGGACGGUGGCGGACGUGUUUGCGCGGGAGGUGCGGAAGGGGGCCGCGCAACAGCACCCCGCCGUAAUCAACCAGUCGGGACAGCCCUUCCGGUCGGAAAGUAGACUGGCGGAUACCGAAGGGGGCGCCCGGUUAGCGCCAACCGACCACUCGCCCGAGGACGACGCCCUGCACCAGCUACGGUUCUACUCGAGCGACGAGAGCGAGUCCGAGAGCGAAGAAAGCACCCGGGGAAAGGAUGGCGUCACGAGUGACAUGGGAGGGGCGGUUCCGGAGGAGACUGGGUCUAUCGUGCAGUCUCAGAGCUACUCGAGAGCGUUUGAGCAGAUUGAGUCGGAUAUCGGCGUUAGCGAGAGGGUUAGCGAGCCGGCUAGCGGGGGCGUCGAUGCGACGAUCGGUGAGAGGAUCGUCGAGGGGUUCAGCGAAAACAUGAGCGAGAGUGUAAGGGGAAGCGCUGGCCAGGGGGUCAGCCAGAAGAUAAGUGAGAGGGUUAGUGAGAGGGUCAGCGAGGCGGUUGGCAAAGCGGAGGACGACAUCAGCGAGCGCAUCGGAAGCCGGGUUAGCGAGAGGGUUAGCGGAGGGGUCGAGGAGGAAGCGGAAAGCAGGUUGCGAAACGAGGAGUCAACGUUGGCUGAGCUGGUUGAAGAGAAAGGCCUUGUAGAGACGGAGGUUGACUUGCAGUGGAAGGAUCUGAAGGUUGUGGACGACAACGCUCUUGCGGACGGGGCAUUUGUCGAAGAAGAGGUUUUGGACGAACUCGAGGUGGCAGAAGAAGGCCCUGUAGAAGAAGACGUUGGUUGGGGCCAGGCUGGCGAACAGGAGGUCGGGAGUCAAGACGGCGAGGAACGAGGCCUCGAAAAUGUUGGCAUGGUCGAAACAGAGGAAACUAUAAAGGAGGAGCGCCAGCACUAUUCGGACAGUUUCGGAGAAAGUGUGGGCGCCCAGAUGCCGUCCUCGGGGGGAUCCCCCGAGGAUCUCACGCGCGAGCAGAUUGCACCCGGAGAAAGCGAGUCCAGAGGAACCGACGAACGCGAAACCGCCGCCCAAAUGCUCAGAGACGCCGCCGAAAAGCUGCGGACAGCGGAAGAGGCCUUGUUCGAGAAGAAGAGGACGCUCGAGGAGCGGACACGUGGCGAGAUCGCGGCGCUCGGACGGUCCGCGGACCGGAAGGCGGCCGUCCGGCAGCAGAAGCUGAUGCGGCUGCGGCUGGACGCGGACCUUGCUGACGUGGACAGGGCGCUCGCGAGCAUGCGUGCGGAGUUCGUCCGGCAGCGGCUCGCGUGGGAGCAGGGGUCGGACGCUUCGGCCGUCCGAAGGUUUGGGGAAUCCAACGAUCCGGACGGCGUCACUUCGCGGGCGGUGGAAGAAGAGGGUGCGGCGGCCGGCGCUGACGUCAGUGCUGUCGUCAGCAGUGCAAUUCCUGAAAGUGAGACCAGAAACACAGCUGGGGAGAGCGUUGGCGAGGAGGUUGACACCGAGGUAGGGAGCCAGUCUGCGGCGCAGUGUGGGAGCGGUUCCGGUGUGAGCGAAGAGAUCGAGAGCGGACCGGCGGAAGAAAACGGGUUGGAUCUGAGGGAGGCGGUGGAGAUUAGCGCGACAGCUUUCAGUUCGAUCGCGGUCCGGCGGAUCGAGAUCGAACUAGAGCGGGCGAGGGCGGAGGCGGCGGCGCUGCAGAAAGAGAAACGGGAGAGGGAGAUCCAGGACGAGAUUCAGUGGUUGAACGACGCGGUCACCAAGAAGCGCGCCGCCAUCAUGGCCGCGUCAGCUCCGCCCACGCCCGCCGCCCAAAUCCCCAAACCCUGGGCUCCCCUAGCCGAGGCGCGGCCGCUACCGCCCUUGGAACCCCUGCACGUGUCGGGCAAACCCUUAGAGCCCAGCCAAUCCGCUUCCGCGGCGCACUCUGAACCGACUUCUGUCGCGUACUCCGACUCUUUUCUUGGAGCAGAAUCCGCCGGAAUUGGCAGCAGCCGACGGGAAAGUGACGUACCCAGCGAAGCCCUGUCGGUGGGCGACCAGGACAGGCAGCAGCUCAGCAGCGGGGUCGCCGAAAAAGACGAUUCCGUACGGUAUUCGGACACUUUCGACCAGGCGGGGGAAAGCGAACCGGUCGCUUCCGUGGCGACGGAAAGCGGGGACGGUACAAACGCCCGGUGGGACGAGGAGGUGACUUCAGCGAUGCAGAGGUCUGUGACGUCAGCAAACCGGCACGCGACUGUUGGGAAGGAUUUGACGGACGGCAGGAACGCAGUGCCGGAAGACGACGUCAGAGGGGCGGGUCGUGACGUCACGGGGCGUGUCCUCGACUCGACGGGACUCAGGCAAGAGGCCAGCUGGGGGCAGGUAAUCGAUAUGCACGGGACUGAGGUGCUCGGAAAGGAAGUAAUCAGGGAGAUAACCGGGGAAGUAUCCAAAAACUUAACCGGGGAAGUAACCGGGGAGGAGGAGCUACUGGAAGAGCUGCCGGAGGAGUGGUCGGGGGAGAGCACCGGGGUCGCUCGGGGGGAAGCCGAAAGGGACCAGGCCGUCGAAUCGGCUUCCCUCGAAGUACUCAAUCGGGCAUUCGACGCGUCUCAGAUCUCCGCUGGAGAGCAGUUCCAGGGAGCUGGUUUUGGGGCAGAGGCAGGCCCGGAGAAUCCGGAAAGGGUGCAGGCCGGUGUUGCGAGGCCCGCGGAAAGUCGAGAGGUCCGGCGGUUGAGCGAAGCCGUGGGCAGCGAGCCGGACGAGUACUCGGACAGCUUCGCAAGCGAGGCUGACGCGGAGGACGACGUCAGCAGCGCUCCGAUGCACGACACGUGGCCCGAUGACUUCGCUCGGGAAGGCGGGGAGGAGGCCGACGGAAGCGGCCGGGCAUUAGCGGGGUUGGAAGAUGCGAAAGGUUUGGAGGGGUUAACAAAAGGGUUAGGAAGGUUUGCGGAGGGUUUGGGUGACGAAGUGGGGGCUUGGGAGACGGAAGAGAGUCCGGGGCCAACGGCCAGUGCGUCGAUGUUUGCGACUCUGAAAAGGACUCGGGGGAACGUACUGGGGACGGCCGGGAAAGACGACUUUGCAGAAGUUGAGACCGAAAUUACGGGCGUCGAAGGCUUGGAAGAGGUGGACGAGGAGCUGGAAUUCGACGAGGACGGGUUCGUAAGUGGUAGGGAGGGAGAAGACGGGGCAGAAAAAGGCAGUGCUGCUGUUGGAGGGACGGACAGAACUUCGAUGCGGAAAGGAGAAGAAAGUGCAUCGGCUGAGACUGGAGAUGACAUGGGCAGACUGAGGGGUGUGGGAAAAGAGCGCCUUGUGAAGGCGGCGGACGCCGUUCUAAAGGAUUUGGUCGCGGCCGAGGUCGAAGACGCCACUGCCUCCCCGCCCGUCUCCCCCACACGCCGCAUCCGCACGCGCCUCCUAAACCCCCAAACCUUGCGCGACGGCGAGGGCGCGGGCACGUCGCCGCCCAGCCCGCGCUCCCCCGGGUCGCCCUCCCGCCCCGUUUUCGACAGCGAGGCGCGCUGGAUAAACCCCCAAAACCUCUCGCCGCGAAACUCGCCGCGUUCGUCGCCGCCGCUGCACGUGCCGCUCGGGAUCGGCCCGCUGGGGCCGUUCGAGCAGGACGCGAGCGCGGCCGCGGCGUCGCACUCGCCUCACUCCCCCGACUCGCCCACCCGCCAGAGCCUGCGCGCGUCCUUCGAGGCCGCGCAAAACCCCGAAACCCUGGUCGGCAUGUCGCGGCUGUCGGCGAAAGACUUUGCGGAGCUGAGCCGCGAGUCGCCCCUCCCGGAGGAGCUCGAGGAAGGUUUUGAGGAUUUGGAGCCGAACCCGCUCGCGGUCGAGGGCGACGCGGCCUACGUCGAGGAUUACGUCAGCGAGGUGCUGCGGGUUUCCGGGUUCCUGGAGCCCGGCGCGGCCGCGUGGUACCGCCCGAACCAGCCGCUCGGGUUGGACGUGUUCGUACGCCUGGAGAAGAUGCGUCCGGACGUCCACGACUUCCAGCACAUCUUCAACAAGCUCAUUUUCGACGCCGUGGGCGAGGCGCUGCUGAAGGAGCUGACCCCGUACAAGCCGCGCGAGCCGUUGGAGCGCGCGCCCAAACCCCUUAAACCCCCGCCGGACGCGGCCGCGCUCCUGGCCGCCGUCCGGACCCGGACACUCGCGAUCUUCAAGCGGCGGGCGCCCGUGGGGCCGCUGAAAGAGGAGGCGCUGAGGUUGAUGAUGAAAGAGCAGCCUUGGGUCGGGUUCCCAGAGGAAGAACUAGAGGUGGGCUGCGAAGUUGCGGAUCUGAUGGUGAAUGAUAUGGUCGACGAGGUGGUAGAGCUUCUGCUGCGCGCCCAGCGGGGCAGGCAGUCGAAACGGCAGGCGCUUAUGAAAGCGGGUGGCCGCAGUAGCUUGGGCAUUACCCUUUAGUUUAGGUGCGGAGCCCAACCCAGUGGUGAAAAGUGACGCUCGCUUGCAUGCAGUAACAAAGGAUAUAUGUGCGCAUAUUUCGGACGGUUUGGAUGGCAAUCUGUUGCACCCUGAAACCUUUCUAACUAGAUCGAAAUGCAUACUGAUCUAUCUCGAAC